UUAGAGGCAAUAUAAUAUAUUCUCAGACAAAAGAAAAAGAGAAGCUGCGCAGGUGACUCUGUCGUACAAGGUCUCAGUUUCUGUGGGCAAAGAGAGGAAAAAAAAAAUCCUUUGACCCAAUUUGAAACAUUUGGUAAGCUAAAAGAUGGAGACUCUGAGAAUGGGAUUUGCUGAAGUGGUUGCAAGUGUUGCUGGGCAUACAGAGACAGUGGUUGGUAAUGGUGCAUCAACCGCUUUUACAGAAAGUUCAAGCAGUGCUCGAGCUUGGUUUCAAUGGGGUGGAACCAUCUUUGCAUUGUUUUUGUUGCUCUUGAACCGAACAGGCCGGAGAUCAUCUCUGCAAACCACCCUUCUAGUAUUAUAUCUCAUUACAAGUUUCCCAACUGCGCUAUUCAAAAUUUUAAGAGGACAAAUUGGUUGUUGGGUUGCCUUUCUUGCUAUUGCAGCAAACCUCUACUUCCCUCAAACCUUUCCAGUUUCUCGUUUUCUCCUAUUUGUUAUUACACCUGAUUGGCUGACUGAUAGACUGCGAGAUGGCAUUGUGAGUGGCAUCGUUUGUCUAAUAAUUGGAGUUUCACUAGUUAUAACUGAGGUUAGAGGAAUUGGAGGAUUGGGUAAUUGUCAAUGUACUUUCCACUGCUUUGGUUGUUGUCUUGGUAUAGCUUUUUUGUUCUUCUUUACAAUACAGUAUUUGUGCUUGGGAACUUGGUAGAGAAAUUGUUUUCCUGGGAGGGGCACAUACCCAAUAUAAUGACCUAUUAGAUCAUGUAUAUUGCUUCAUUUUUCGAUAAUUCUCCCAAAAGAAUGCCUUUGGUUAAAAUGAUAGAAGAUUUCUUCAUGAGCUUUCUUUGGCUUCCAUAAUGAUAAUGAAUUUUCUUGACCA